AUGGAUCGGAAAUCGCCUCCACCUGAAUCCGACAUCGAUUCCGAUGGAGUAGAACUCGGUCUUUCAGUGCCAACCAGUGAUUAUAUUCCACACCGUGGUCAGCGCGCGAAGAUCCUCAAUCCGGAAUCCGUCAAGCCUUUCCCUGACCGCCCUCGCUUCCCGCCUAAUUAUAGGAGAGACAUGUUGGGAGACAAAGGACCCUUGGCUUUUGCUGUUAUUAUCCGAGACGGGGUUUUGUUUGCUGUUAAUCAUACUCAUCCAGUUCGUCGAAGGGACCCUCAUAUUUUUAGUCCUCUGGCUGUUGCAACUAUUUCUGGAGGAGAUCCUCUUGACUGCCGCAAUUUACUGAGAGAGCUGCAAGCAAAGUGCAUGAAAUACGAACGUGGUAAGAUGAUGCCCGGAGCCUCAGUUAAAGAGGCAAGACGGUUGAUGCUCCAGCUUCUCUCUGGUCGCUAUGAAGUGGGACUCGUUGCCGGGUGGGACGACAAGAAGAAACGUGCUACCUGCUACCUUGUGGAUGGUAUGGGGGGACUAGUGAAAGGGCACAUUUUGGCCACUGGAUGUGGAUUCACGGAGUUAGACUAUUCCGAUUGGGCUAAAUGGUCUCGGUAUGAAGCGGCAGAGUUUGCCAAAAGAACAAUGUGCGAAUUGGCGUAUAAUGCUCCUGACAGUGGAGAUUUUGCUAGUGCAAACCAUUUCACUAAUGAUGACGUCAUCAAAAGAUACGAUGAUGUCAUCACGCCGGCGCCGGUAAUAGGUCAUCGGAAAAAAUAA